AUGUCUGAUAUGUUACCUGAGUUGCAUGGAGGUUGCUCCCAACAGGCUUACUUCAUGAAGCAGGCACUAAUGAUGGGAGAGAAGGCCCUCAAGACUGGCGAAACCCCAGUGGGCUGUAUUCUUGUUUAUGACAAUAAGAUUGUUGGUUCUGGAAUGAACGAUACCAAUAAAUCGAUGAAUGGAACAAGGCAUGCAGAGUUUUCUGCUAUUGAGGAGAUGCUGCAGACUUAUCCUAGGUCAGCACUACGUUCAACAGACCUCUAUGUCACUGUUGAACCUUGUGUCAUGUGUGCGUCUGCUUUAAGGCAGUAUCAAAUACAGAAAGUAUAUUUUGGUUGUGGAAAUGAGAGGUUUGGAGGAACAGGUAGCAUCCUAUCACUACAUGCUGAUCCCUCAAUAGAUCCACCGUACCCUGUACAAGGUGGAUUAUUCCAUAAAGAAGCUAUAAUGCUACUUCGUCGCUUUUAUAUACAGGAAAAUGAGAAGGCACCUAAGCCUCGCCCUAAAAAGCACCGUGAAUUGAAGACGGAUUUCGAAAAUGAAGUGUCACUCACCUCCUCUAUACCUUAG